GGUCCCUUUUUUAUUUUUCUGUUUUUGCCAGUCCCUUUUCAGGAUUCUUAAACCCCAACCGAUCACAACAGAUUGUUACCCAAUCCUGAGUCUUGUUCUGUUGGUGGUUUCUUCUUCAUCUUCCAUUUAGAGGGAAUUUUCCCUUUUCCACAGUCACCUGUUACUUCCUUACUAUGGAGAUUACACUGAGCAGCUUUUGAUGUUUCGCUGUUUGUCACUUACAAUGGCCUUAAGUGGACAAUCAAGAUAAUUCUAAGAUAUGGGAAUGAUUUAAACUAAAUUUGAUAAUAACUUUAUAUCUAAUAAGGUUGAUGUGUCUGAAGUGUAUUGCUUUGUGUGGUGCCUUGAGAACAUAUCUGUUGUUUACACAUAAAUAAACAUAAUAUAGCUAAAUAAACGUUUAACUAGCUUUAAAUAAAGUACACCAAACAACAUAUAAAAACAAUAAAGAUGCAAUAAUGAGAGCUAGAUAAAAGUAAAAAAAAAAAAAAACAGAGUAAAACCAAAUUAAGUUCCAAAUUUAUUUACUCACCAAAAGACCACAUAUUACUUAAGAGGCAGAUUUUACACAGCUGAUAGUUAAAUACAGUGAUGAAUAAUAUAAUAGCAAUUGUAUCAUUGAAAGUGAAAAAAAACAAAACACCAACAGCAUUCUGUGCAUUUAAGCACCAUUCAUAUACUUUUAGACCAGAGGUGGGCAAUCUUUUAGACUUGUGGGAAGCAAAAGGGUUCUAAAAUUUUGUAAGAGCGGCCAGACCAGGAGCAGAUAAGUGGCAUGUUUUGGUAAUCCACCUCAAAAAAUAAAUAACAUGGAAACUAAAUUUAAAAAAGGUUUUAUACUUCAAAACAAAGGUCAAUUUAUUUGUUAUGUACCAUCUAUGGGGAGACAUCGCAAUUACAGAGAAAAUAAAACAGGAUUGAGGAUUAUCACUAUAAUUUGUUCCAGUUUGGCGGGCCAGAUGGAAUAGAAUUUCCCCUGGCGAUAGUUUGCCCACCCCUGCUGAAAUCUCACCUUUGUUAUCAUUUCAGAUUGAAGCUGAAUUGUUAUCAUUUAAACUUUGAAUUUCUAACCUUUAACAUAUUUAAAGGUGCAAAUCAUAAACAAACUUAACAUGUUUAUGGUCAUUUAUUUUUCCUUAAUAAAAAAAAGAACUGCACCUUAUUUUUCAUUUAAUAAUAAAAAGAAAACAAGAUGCCCAAAAUAUCACCAGUAAAAUGAUCCAUAAGCUUUACAGUUAAUUGAAUCUUUCAAGCUACAGAAACAAAAUGUUAAAAUUCUGAAUGACUUAAAAGAAACAACAAACUUGUUCAUUAAAGCCUGACUUCAGUGUAAUCAUUACUCCUGCUGAUGCGUAUUGUCAAAGGAACUUUUUGUUAAGUUUUCUUGAGAUAUGUUGGCUCAUCUUUCUGCACAAUUCCUCCUGUCUGCCCCAAGAUGGGGAGGCUUCAGCACUGCUGCUGACCAUGCAGAAUUGAGUGAAUGUAAUUAUGUGACCACUGCACUGGACAAAUCCAUCACUUUCUUAACAGCGAGUAAUGUCCUGCUGACUAACCCGUGGGCUCAGUACUCUUUCAUUCUUUUUGUAUCUUAAAUCACAAGCUGUCUGCAUAUGCGGAGAACCAGCUUCCCAUCACCAUCUUAACAAAGGAUUUACUGAUGUGUUAGGAAUCUGUGACUAAAUCUAGCUUUUAACAAGAAUAUUUAAUAUUAUUUAACAAGAAUAUUUAAUUUAUUAUUUCAAAAGUUUUAUUUAAAUGUUACUUUUCAAGUUGAUAGCAAGGUUAAAACUUCAAAAUGCAUCACCAUCAUCAAGACAUCCCAUCAGACCCCAGUUUUCCAACAUCUCAAAAUAGUGCUCUAAGGAAAUUACAGUAAAAACAAAUAUUUUGCGUGUUUUUUUUGGUAAAGAUUACUAUUAACUGUUGAUAUGUACAAUUUUUCAAUCAAAAUCUCAGAAACUACACCCAGCUUAGUUUUGAAGGAGUCAAACGGACAAAGUUUUAUGCGUGAAAAAUACUACAUACAGCCUCUGUCCUCUGGACGGAUAAGAUGAUGAAUCUUCUGAGCAGAAAGGCAGAGAGGGCGUAGAGUGCUUCUGACACCAGGAGGGAGGAGAAAACGUUGGGUAGGGGGAGGGGGGGUCGCAGGUAGAUAAAGAGUGAGAAUUUGCUCUGAAUCUGACCAGUUCUGUUAAUAACCAGCAUCGCAUCCAGAAUUUGGGAGUCAAGUGGAAGAGCCACAGUGUCAAAGUAACGUUUGAGGGUGUUGACCGCUGCUACUUUUUACUGUUCCUGUCAUGGACAUCAGGGUGGUGUUGCUGUCCCUCCUUAUGGCAUCACUCAGCUUCUCCAGAGGAGCUGUUAUCACAGGGGCCUGUGAGAGGGACGUGCAGUGUGGCUUUGGUCUGUGCUGCGCUGUCAGUCUGUGGCUGAGGGGUCUGAGAAUGUGCAUCCCAAGAGGCGUGGAAGGGGAUGAAUGCCACCCUUACAGCCACAAGGUGCCAUAUGCAGGGAAACGGCUACAUCACACCUGCCCCUGUCUUCCCCAUUUGGUGUGCACAAGAUAUUCUGAUAGCAAAUACAGAUGUACUGAUGACUUCAAAAAUAUGGACUUUUAGUGGAUGCUUUUAAACCUAAACAAAGAAGACCGGAACAGUCUGCGGAUGGCAAACAUCUCUAUGUGUGUACUCGUUAUAAACAAAAUACAUGGUUGGGAUUUACAUUUAUGCACUCCACAAGGACACAACGCAACAAGUAUAGCUAAAAUAAAAAUAAUUUAUUUACAAGAGCUGCUGCAGAAAUGAGGCAUUUUAAUCUAUAUACCAAAUGAUCCUUCUGUAUGUGUCUGUGAACCAUUACGACUUGAUUCCUUUAUAUUCACUUUAUGUUAAAUUAUGCAGUUGUCAAUAAAGUUUGCUCAAAUCUUUUCUUUCA